UCUGGAUGCUGCUCUGAGCAGCUUUAAUGAAGAGAGUCGCGUCUCUCCAAACUUUACAAGACCCCUGACCGUCCAACACGCACCUCCAGCGGAACAAAGCCGUUUUAAAAGUAACUUUCCCGAAAAUAGCUACACAAGCAAGCCAGGACAUCCAAACAUACCUUUACACAGCCAAAGCAUGAAGCUCCAGUGCUUUUCUCUUCUUAUUUGUGCUUUACUCAUUGGCGAGUGCUGCGGGUCUCGUCUGGACCGCUGGGUCCGAACUGGACUUCAGUACGUGAAGCUCAACCUGUGCCGGAGGGUCUCUCUACCGGAGACCGAGUGCAGGAAGCUGUCCCACCUGCACCUGAGCGGGGUGGUCGUGUACGUGACCGAGUCCGGCUCGGGGAAAGUGCUGGCGAUCCUGCCGGACUCAUACUCGAGCGGCGCGCUGCAGUCCAAACAGAGCGGCUUUUCUGCGGACGCGAGCGCGGAAGAUGAGCGCAGGGCGAACGAAGAGCUGUACCCCGGCGCGAGCGCGCAUGACGCCGCGCUGCUGCUGGACCCCAGCCCCGGCGAGAGCUUCGGACACCCGGUGGUCCUGUUCUAUGUGGACUUCAACACAACCAAGAAGAAAUGUGCUCAUAUGGACGGCAUUUACCUGGGGGAGGAGUGCUUGACGAUGGCUGUGAAGACACGCUGCCAGAACCAGCUGAAGCGGAGGAGGAGUCGCAGCGACCGUAUGGUGAGCCGAGUGAGAACCCGCAGGAGCACGACGGGCAGAACCGGCCGAGCGGAGCACAGCAGCGGCCUCUGUGAGAUUCACUUUCUCCCUCUGGUUGUGGGAGUGAAAGAUAGCAACCGAACCCAACGCCUGCACUGUGUGGAUCACCCAGACUUUGCCAGAUGCCCGCAGCCUUUGCCACUGACCAGUCCCAGCACACCCAUCUCCAGCUGUGAGCUCAAUAAAAACACCCGCCGGUGCCAUCAGCAACGCCUGGCCACACACCUGUCCUGCCGCCUCUACCAGACCUGUGAUCAUGCUGUUCUCCUGUCAGGUGGCUGGCAGGAGCAGAUAACAUACCAACAACAUGCAAAGAACCUGCAGCUCUUCGAUCAGAUGCUGAGGAACAACGGCUUCCAUAAGGACCACAUAAAGACAUUCUUUGCUGGGAAUGGACAGGUAGCAGCUAAAGAGACCGAGGGCAUGUAUCCAGCCACAGAGAAAGAAGUGAUCAGGAAUCACAUUUCCUACAUCUGCCGGAAGCAGCACUGUGUGGAUUCUCUGGUUCUGUACCUGAACAGCCCCACACGCAACGACGGCACCAUGCUGCUCUGGGACCGCAAUAACAACGGCAUUGCAGAUCUGAAGGAGCGUUACUCUGUGGGUGAACUGUUGGCGGAUCUGGCCGGAUGCAGGGCGAGCCGGGUGCUGCUCUUUGUGGAGCAGAGCUACAGUGGAGUCCUCAGCAAGAGACUGAUGGGAUCUCUCAAACACGUCAAUGUCGUGCUGCUGAACGGCCUGCCCUGGGUGCACACAGCCGAGUUCUGGGCCUCUCUGCACCCAUCCGAGUGCCUCAUAGACCACCUCAGUAAGCAGAGUUCUGCGAUGCCCCGACUGGCUGAUGCUGCUCUGGGACUGAUGAACGUGACUCUGGCCGGUGCCCCAUGCAACUCCACCCCUCCUCUCACCGAAGCCGAAAUUAGGAAGGAGUACAUGGGCUGCCAGAACCUCCCUACAGCUCUGUGGUACCAAAAACGGCCCAAGACCAACAACAGCAGGAAUUGAGCAAACUGACCGCUUCCAGGACAUUCAGAAGGAAAAGAGCCAACUCGACUGUUCCCAAUACAUAAUUCGGACACUCCAGUGGAGUACUUCCAUGAGAACCAAGUACCAACGAGUAGUCCUAGAAGUAUGACUUUGUAUAAUGCACAAAUCCAUGACCAGCUCUUUCCUUUCACCAAAAAAAAUAAAAUACCCCUGUGUGUGCGCACUAAUUUUCACCCGGUGAUGCACACAGACCCUGACAAGCUGUUGAGGAACGGAGACUGCAUAAUGUGUGCUUAAGAGAUCGACAGAAGAGGUGGUAAUGCAGGACAGAGAGAGAGAAAACGUCUGACAUGUCCUCACUUUGAACCUCAUUUCCCCUGCUUGCUGUUCUGUAGAAGGCGUCCCGUGGGGAGCGUCCCAUGCAAACUUCUCCUCUCUCCGCCUGCCAUGGGGGUUCAGCGCAGGGGCAUCCGCGCUCCUUUACCAGAGUGCUCUUCCGUGGGUCAUCGCACAGGGCGCGCCUGGAACUGAACAAUGGUGACAAGGCCACUCUGAAACACACCUCACACUCACUUGAACAUUUCAGGACAAAUCUCCUUGUCCCUCCUUCAGCUCAGUAAGGGACAGGGCGGUCCAGCAUGAUUUAGUAAUGAGAAAUGUUCCCUCACCACGUCUGGACCCUAGCAGACACUGGGCUCUGCAAGCAUGUAUUUAAGUCAGACCUCUUAUUCCUCACUGUACUAACCACUCUGUCCGCAGUAUUCGCUUAUCUCCGCAAACAUUUAAUCGCCAGUCGCCGAUAAUGUUGACAGUGAUGAGAAGGUAUUUCAGGCCCCACGCCAGCUCCUGUGGGAAUUCAUACACAUUCUUCAGAAAAUUACAAACAGUAGGAUGAUAUUUUUCUGCAGUGCAUCUACUUGUUUAGAAAUAUACGCUCUUGUUCAAAUGUUUGGGGUUAGUACGAUUGUUUUAGUUUUUGAAAGAAGCAAGUCUCUAAUGUUCAGCAAGGCUGCAUUUAUUUGAUCAAAACAGUAAAUAUUCUUACAAUUUAAAAUGACAUUUCUAUUUCAAAAAUAUUUGAAUCCUUUCAAAAAUUGAUUUUUAUCCUUCAGAAAUCAUUGUUAUAUGCCGGUUUGGUGCAAACGUUUAUUAUUUAUUUUUAUCAAUAUU